CUUUCGAAGUCGAUCAUAAAUAGGCCGUGUUGAUUAUUUAUACUUUUCUUCACUUUUCUGUAGACAUUUUGCGGCGUAAGUUAAAAAAUACAAUUUUAAAAUUAAGCCAAACAAGCAAUUUCUCCUGUUAAUUAUUUUCCAAAUUUGAAAGGCUUUGGUAUCGCCAUUAAUAUUUCAUCAAUAUUUGAGUUUAUCAUCGUGCUGUAAUAAUUGGCGCAACUCGAGAUGGCAGAGGAAGAAUCCUUUGUAAUUUUGGGCAGCUGCUCCCAACCGAAUUCUUUGAAUUCUAUGAGUGAAUCCAAAAAUACAGAUACUGAGCAGCAAAGUGUAAAGAGUGUUAUUCAAGCCGAAGUAAUGCAACCUAUAUUAAAUGAUGCCAAGUUUAGCUCAAUAAAAACUGCAUUGGCUUCCGCAACUAAAACACUUGACACAUCCACUCACUCUGAGUUGUCAAAAAGUAGUGAAAUAUGGAAGAAAAGUGGUGAGACCACUGCUAAAGCACUUGAAACUUCUAUUUGCUCUGAGCGAUCUUAUAAAAUCUGGGAAAAGAACGGAGAGUCCCUCGUGGAUAAAAGUGGAUUAUCCACUAGCAAGGGUGACCUACAGCAAGAUGAUAUCGAUAUGCAAGAGAAGAAAAAUUCGGAUAUUAUCGCCAAAAGUAGCUUGAAGGUUUCCAUGGAAAAUGAAACUAAUACUAAAGAGGAAGUCACAAAUUCCUUAGCUGUGAGCUAUAUAAUGGGUCAAGUGCCAGUAGAUGCUUUAAAGGCGAGUUUGCACUCACAAUUUCCAAGCGUGUCAUUAGAGGAUUGCGAGGAACUUACGACAGUUAUGAGUGACUAUCUAAAAAUGAAAGAACUAAUUAUACAAGUCAAUAACAAAAUGGGUUCCUGGCUUGAUAUGAAAAAGCAGAUGCAGGCCAAUGAGCUUGAAAAUCGGCAGAAGUUGGAACAAUGCCAGGAGCAAAUUGCUGCGUUGCGAAAUGAGAACUUGGAAUUAAAACGUGAAUUAGAAAGUAAACUCGAACAAGUCCAGGCAUACGAGGCCGUGCGAAAACUAGAACAUGACGAGCUUGUAAAGAAUAUUUCAGAGAAAACUGCAUUAAUCGCCAACAUGCGAACACAAAUUGAAAAAUUAGAAAUGCAGCAACUUUCAUCGUUUGAAGUUAUUUCCAAAUUCGGCAAAAACGAAAAGCAGCCGGAAAAAUCCGAGUAUGUGACACGACUCGAGCACGAGCGCAUUGUAAAGGAUUUUGAACGCAAUAUGUCGAGUUUACUAGCAGAGAAGUUGGAAGUCUCCGACAUGCAAAAACAGUACAUCGAUGAAAUAAAUUGCCUUAAAGUAAAUUUGACUGCUUCGGAAGAGUUGGUCAAUCAGCUUCAGUCCGAUAUAGCUUUGCUCAAAGCCAGUGACAAGGAAAAAACAGAACAGUUUGAAGUGCAUGCUAGGCAACGCGAUGAAAUGCGCGAAGAACUUGGUAUAUUGCGUCAACAAGUGGAUGUCUACAGCCGCGACUUUCAAUUGGAACGCACUGCACGCGAGGAAAUGGCUGGCGAAAAGGCUCAACUCCUGGAUGAUCUGCGAGCAUUGCAACGCAAAAAUCAAAGCCUGACCGAGCAAUUAAGCCAGCUGGAGGAGCGCAUAACAGCCAUUACCGCAGAAAGAAGCAGCCCAGCGCCAUUAGUAUCGGUUUCUAGAAAAACCAAUCCUCCGGCAACAGCAGCCGCACCGAUGGCUCCUCAGCAUACAUGCCCAGUGUGCUCUAUAGCCUGCAAUUCCUUGAAUAGUUUGCAAGAGCAUGUCAACCAAUGUUUGGAUCAAAAUGUGCAUACAUAAACAUUUUUUCUGCUAAAAAGUUUAUGUUUCAUUGGGCAGAUUGACACAUAAAUGCAAAUGCAAUUAUACCUGCUUAUACAACCAUAUUUACGUAAAUAUUUUCAUAUUAUUUUAAGACAUUUAAUUAAACAAAAUACAUACA